AUGAAGAAGGUGCUGUCCCGGCUGGCCAAGGUGGGCCGCUCCUCCAGCCACGCGGCUGCCGAGUCGGCCGAGCGGGACCCCCAGGCAGACGCCCCCGGCGGUACACCGGAGGAGCAGACAGAACGGCCGGCCGCCUACGACCUGGUGGGCCGAGAGCGCGCCCUCUCCGGUCUGCAGCGGGCCGUCUGGGACGGAGACGUGGCGCGCGUGCGCUCACUCACCGCCAAGUCCACGGCAGGGGUGCAGGCGCGCGACCGCGAGGGCCGCUCGCUGCUGCACCUGGCCGCCGCCCGCGGGCACCGCGAGAUGGUCGAGCUGCUGCUGGAGAGACGGCUGCCCGCGGACGCUGAGGACGGCGACGGCAACACGCCGCUCCUGAAGGCGGCAGAGGCGGACAGCUCGGCUGCCACGGCAGCGGAGGCAGACAGCGCGGCCACGGUGCGUCUCCUACUGGAGCGUGGAGCCAGCGCCAGCCACUGUAACCAUCACCAGCAGAACGGACUGCAUGUGAGCGCCCGGCGCGGCGCCGAGCCCGUGCUGCAGGCGCUGCUUCAGCACGGAGCCAACGUCGACCAGGUGGACAAGGACGGUCACACGCCGCUGCACCUCUCCGUGCUGCACGCUCACCCGGAGCUGGCGGCCGCCCUGCUCCUCCACGGCGCCGCACUGGCUCCCGCCGACCGUGACGGGCGCACCGCGCUCCACCUGGCGGCCGGCCGCGGCCUCUCCGAGCUGGUGGCCCAGCUGCUCGAGGGCGGCGCCGAGGCCGAGCUGAGGGAUAGCGAGGGUCUGACGGCCGGCGAGCUGGCCGUCCGGGAAGGAUUCCCGCACAUUCAGAGCCAGAUUCGCCGGCUGAGUCGCCGCCACCGCAGCCUCAGUCAGAUGUUCAGCGUGGAAGACCUGGGCGUGGACGGGCCGCCACCGGCAGAAACGGCGAAGGUGCAGCGUCUGGGCUCGACGUCGUCCGCCGGCGUUCCGACGCCUCGCGUGGCCUCGUCUCUGUCCUCGGCCGGCGCGCCCACCCCUAGACUGGCCUCCUCACUGUCAUCUGCCCGGGAAGCGGCGCCGCGGCUCGCCUCGUCCCUCUCCUCUGCGGGGGAGCCGGAGCCGGGUCCGGGGCGGUGCGACUCUGCCGCCGCCCCCGCCGCGCCGGUCAGCGUCGGCUCCGACUCCUGGAGCGACGACGACGAGCUUAACUUCGUGCCCCCGCCGCGCAAGCCGUCCAUCCCCCUGCCGGCCUGCUUCCUGGCGGGAACGUCUCCGCUGCCGACCGACCGUGCUGGGGACCGCAGCGGGGUAGAGCCUGCCUCCGGUCAGCCUCACUACAGCGACAUUAGUGGAGUAAAGAGGCUUUCCUCAGACAGCGGCGGCGGCGACGGCGACGGUGGACCGGGAGGAGAUAGUGGCGCUGGUGACAGGGGUCAGCGGCGCACCAGCUGUUGGUCCAGUGGGACCGAGUCCGAGUCACCCAAACGGACGGGCCGGUCCAGCCCGCGGGCGCGGCCCAGCUCUGAGAGAGGAACGGAGGAACAGCGAGAGGACGUGGAGAGAGCUGAUGGUACAGAGAACAGCUGGAGCGAGCCGGGCGUGUCGCCGGUGAAACGGCCGGACCCUCGGCCGGAGCGGGACGAUAGCUGGGGAGACGUCAGUCCAAUCCCGUUUGUAACCGCAGCCGCGAACGACUCCGGGCCGAAGCCCUCGAUGGUAGAGACGGGCGCCGGUGAUGCCCCACUGUCUGCCGGCCGCGCCGCCCCGGACCCUCCUGAGGUCGAUCUGCCGGAUGGUGAAGACAGCUGGGGAGAUGACAGUCCCGUCCUGCCCCGGCCGCUGCCUAAUCGACCACCGGCUCUUGUGGCUGACCCGGCGCCGGAGCCUGGGAUCGAGCGGGCAGACCCAGCGCCGAAGCGGGAGGUCGAACUGGCAGACUCGAUCUCAGAGGACAGCUGGGGAGACAGUGGUGGUAGUCCCAUCUUGCCCGGGUCUCCUUCAGACCGCGUUGGGACGAUCGCCGGCGGAUCAGACUGCCACUGCGGCUGA